AUGGCUGCACGGAUAUGGCUUUGCUGGUUGCCCUGUGGAUUAGCAAAGAUUGGGUGGCCACUUGGCUGGCCCACCUCACUGGAGUUCCUCUCUAAAGGAUCUGAUGCUGAGUUCUUCGAGUUUGUAAACCCUCUUGCUGACAUGACAGAGCUGUCGUACACUGCAACCUGGGGCACGUACUACAAGCCAUCAGCACAGAACCAAUCCGUGGAAGGCUGGAGGCGCAUGUGGCCGGAGGCGAAUCCGGUGGAGGGUGGCAUGCGAGCUUUGACAUUCGUGCAGGAGAGGUCAGGGCGUGGCGUGGUUGUGUUCCGUGGCACCGACCUCGACUCCAGCGGCACAAGCGGACAAGCGGACGCUUGCGCAAAUGCCGAAUUGGCACACGCACCGCUGCCUGGAUACUGCAACCAAUUUACGUCUUUUCAGUUGGACUAUGUCUCCCGUGCUCUUGACAUAGCGCGCAAAGCUGCAGAAGUGCAUCCAACAGUAGAGUGGCUAUACACUGGCCAUUCACUUGGUGCGGAGCUGGCGAACGUCGUUGGUGCCGUCAGAGGCGCAGCCGUCCUGGGCUUUGCAGCUCCAGCUGUACUGCCGGUGCUCAGAGACCGCACAGCAGUUGACCCCCAUCAAUUGCCUUUCUGGAAAUCCUUGUCUUUAUACAACGAGCUGGACCCCUUGCGCUUUCAGGCGCUUGGGCAGCUCCCGGGUGCAAACUGUAGCUGGGUCAACCAGCCAGAUGUGCCGUCGUGUGAUGUUUGUGAACUCCAUGGCAAAAUCGACGAGGGAUCCCCCGAAUGUAAGCAAUGCUUCUACAAAACCCACAUCUUGAAAUCGUAUCUUGCCCUUCUGAGAUCAGGACAGCGCCCCGUCUGUCCGGAUGCAGAGUUAGGUGACUACCUUGUUGUUUAG